AUGACGCAACUCCAGAAGGACCUCGACGAGGCAACGGCCAAGGUUGAACGACUGAAGAAGAAGGUAGCUGUCAGCAGAAGGAUGCCGAGUGCGCCAGGCACUCAUACUAGCAGUCAUCUCAGCGAGCUACAGAACUAUCCAUGGAGGACCGAGGCUAUGAACGGAAGUUUCCCCGACGUGACGGGGAACAAUGCCACUAAACCAGCAACAAGUUACGCUCGGAAACCGACAGCGCACCACAUGAUAUGCCAGUACCUCCCGAGGGCCAGGAGUGUCACGCAGGAAGCAGCUGGCUCGUUUCUUCACCUCCACCACAACCUUUUGAGUCGAAAAGAAAGCAGCGAGCUGCAGUUACCGAACGCGCGUGACAGCUCAGAGCUCACUACCCUGCGAAAGGGGAGAUGGGCGACCUACUCGCCAAAUCUCUCAAACCGCAACAACCUCGAGCACCCAAGUCCCCCUUUUCUGGUUGAACCCACCGUCAUGGGACCACGAGAAUCUCACUCGGAUGGCGACGAUGCUGUGGAAGAGUGCCUCCCGAGGGCCAGGACUCUCACGCAGGAAACCACUGGUUUGAUCGUAUCGAUUAGCCUGACCGUUGACCUUGAGGUCGACGCCCAAGGUCACGGAGGCAAGCUAUCGUGA